UUUUUUUAACAACAGCCCUACCAAAUACCUCCGGCUUUCCCCUAUAAAAGACCAGCGCUCUGCUUUGUUCUCCCCCUUGCCUGUGGCUUUGCUGUAGCCUGCAUGUUUGGAAUGGUAAUUGUCUGCUAUUCUUCAACCAUUUUUGUUGGUAAAACAGCAUAGUUUUAUUUUUAAAGUUAACAACUAGUUCUUUAGGAAACCAUUAGGGACACAUUUCCUUAGCCACCCAUUCCAUAUUCCCCACAGCAGACUGUCCUGGUUACUGCAGAAUCAACAUUAUGGAAGUUGCCUGCCAACAACAAGUCUCUGUCUCCUCCCCUAGCCGGACUUCCUCUUUCCCUUUAAAGCCCCCUCAGGACCAGAGGGGACUGGAGUUGUUUGCUGUGCUUUGGAGGGCAGUACAGCAGCCCCUGCUUUGCAGAAAGCUGCUGAUGGGCAGGUACUCACCCCGUCCCCUGCUGUGCCCUCUGUUUGGCCUGCAGGCUAGAGGCUGGCUCUUUCCCGAACACCAAGCUCCGUCCCCAGGGAGUCAUGGCUACGUCCAGGGGCCGUCUCUAUCUUUGGAUGUACUUGGCUGCAGCGCUGGCAUCUUUCCUGGCAGGAUUUAUGGUCGGCUGGUUUAUUAAGCCUUUGAAAGAAACUACAACUUCACCGCCCUAUCAUCAAAGUACACGGUGGAAACUCGUAUCUGAGAUGAAAGCUGAAAAUAUCAAAUCAUUUCUUCGUUCUUUUACAAAGCUCCCUCAUCUGGCAGGAACAGAACAAAAUUUACUUCUUGCCAAGAAAAUCCAAACCCAGUGGAAGAAAUUUGGACUGGAUUCAGCCAAGUUGGUUCAUUAUGAUGUUCUCCUAUCCUACCCUAAUGAGACAAAUGCCAACUAUAUAUCAAUCAUGGAUGAACAUGGAAUUGAGGUUUUCAAUACCUCCUACCUUGAGCCGCCACCUGAUGGAUAUGAGAAUGUUACAAAUGUUGUUCCACCAUAUAACGCUUUCUCAGCCCAAGGCAUGCCAGAGGGAGAUCUUAUAUAUGUGAACUAUGCUCGUACUGAAGAUUUUUUCAAACUGGAGAGAGAGAUGAACAUCAAUUGCAGUGGAAAGAUUGUUAUUGCAAGAUAUGGAAAAAUCUUCAGAGGAAAUAAAGUUAAAAAUGCCAUGUUAGCAGGAGCCGUAGGAAUCAUCUUGUACUCAGAUCCAGCGGACUACUUUGCCCCUGCAGUACAGCCUUAUCCUAAAGGAUGGAACCUUCCUGGAACUGCAGUGCAGAGAGGGAAUGUGUUAAAUUUGAAUGGUGCUGGUGACCCACUCACUCCAGGCUAUCCGGCUAAAGAGUACACCUUUAGACUUGAUGUCAAAGAAGGAGUGGGAAUUCCCAAGAUCCCUGUGCAUCCUAUUGGGUAUAAUGAUGCAGAAAUAUUACUACGCCACAUGGGAGGAAUUGCUGUACCUGAUGACAGCUGGAAGGGAAGUCUUAAUGUGGAUUAUAACAUUGGGCCUGGCUUUGCAGGGCAUGAUUCCUUCAGGAAGGUUAGAAUGCAUGUUCAUAACACCAAUAAAAUUACAAGGAUUUACAAUGUAAUUGGAACGAUCAGAGGAUCUGUGGAACCUGACAGGUAUGUUAUUCUAGGAGGUCAUCGGGACUCCUGGGUGUUUGGAGCUAUUGACCCAACCAGUGGAGCUGCUGUUUUGCAAGAAAUUGUCCAGAGUUUCGGAAAACUCAUGAGCGGAGGCUGGAGACCGAGAAGAACUAUCAUUUUUGCCAGCUGGGAUGCAGAAGAGUUUGGGCUGCUGGGGUCCACAGAAUGGGCUGAGGAGAAUGCAAAAACACUCCAGGAAAGAAGUGUUGCUUAUAUAAACUCAGAUUCAUCUAUAGAAGGCAAUUAUACUCUCAGAGUUGACUGUACACCCCUUCUUCACCAGUUGGUGUAUAAACUGACAAAAGAGAUCUCUAGCCCAGAUGAUGGUUUUGAGAGUAAAUCUCUUUAUGAAAGCUGGUUAGAAAAGGACCCUUCAUCUGAAAAUAUAAACUUUCCUAGGAUCAACAAACUGGGAUCUGGAAGUGAUUUUGAAGCUUAUUUCCAGAGACUUGGAAUUGCUUCAGGCAGAGCCCGUUACACUAAGAAUAGGAAAACAGAUAAAUACAGCAGCUACCCGGUAUACCACACGAUUUAUGAGACGUUUGAAUUAGUAGAGAAUUUUUAUGAUCCCACAUUUAAAAAACAGCUUUCUGUGGCUCAGUUACGAGGAGCCCUGGUUUAUGAGCUUGCAGACUCUGAAAUCAUUCCUUUCAAUAUUGAAGACUAUGCAAAAGCUUUGAAAAACUAUGCAUCAAGUAUCUACAAUUUAUCUAAGAAACAUGAUCAACAACUGAGAGACCACGGAGUAUCAUUUGAUUCUUUAUUUUCUGCUGUGAAGAACUUCUCAGAUGCUGCUUCAGAUUUUCACAGAAGACUUACACAAGUUAAUCUUAAUAAUCCCAUUGCAGUGAGAAUCAUGAACGACCAACUGAUGCUCCUGGAGAGGGCAUUCGUCGAUCCCCUUGGUUUACCAGGGAGGCAGUUCUAUAGGCACAUCAUCUUUGCUCCAAGUAGCCACAACAAAUAUGCUGGAGAAUCAUUUCCUGGGAUCUAUGAUGCUAUGUUUGAUAUUGAAAAUAAAGAAGACCCUCAUUCAGCCUGGACAGAAGUAAAGAAACACAUUUCUAUUGCAGCCUUUACAAUUCAAGCAGCAGCAGGGACUCUGACAGAAGUGUUAGAGUGAGGUCCCAGCCAAGUGGCUAGCCAUUUAAAGUGUUACUGAAAGUCUGAGGAUAAAACUCUUGAUUUUGAUAAUUCAUGAUGCCAGAGUAUUCUAUAAUCUUGCUUUUCAUGUCAUGUUUUGACUUUAGACUUCCAUCCUGUCAAAAACAAACACCCCAGUUGUGGGGCAGAAAAACAAAGUAACUGAAAAUUCCCUUAAAUGUCAAGGAAUGUGGGACUUUGGCACAUUGCUAGUAAAAAUGUAAAAUGGUACAACCACUUUGAAAAAGAGUUCAUUAAUUUUACAAAGUUAAACAUACAGUUGACUCUUGAACAACAUGGGUCUGAACCGCACACAUCCACUUACACGUGAAUUUUCUUCUCAUAAAUAUAGUACUGUAUAUGCAUUUUUUCUUGAUGAUUACAUUUUCUUCAUUUUUAAUUGUUAAGAAUACAGCAUAUAAUAUACAAAAUAGGGGUUAAUCAAUCUGCUAUCAGUAAGGCUUCUCCUCAAUAGUAGACUAUCAGCUGUUAAAUUUUUAGGGAGUUAAAGUUAUUCAGAUUUUUGACUGCAUGGUGGACUGGCACCUGUAACCCUCACAUUGUUCAAGGGUCAACUACAGUAACCUUUGCAAGUUAUUAUUUCAAAAGUUAUUUUGUUUUCAUCAUCUUUAAGAAAAGACAAAUGAUUAUGUGGUACAACAGUGUAAUUAAGGAUGUUACAGAACAUGCCUGAACUAUUUCUUAAAAACAUCUUCCCCUAAGAAUACUUUACCUAUGAGACGGUUUAUGUAAGCCACCUGGUAACCACAAAGCAAAAACCUAGUGAUGAAACCUAAAAAAAGGGGAGACUGAACAAAUCACCAUGGAAAUGCACUUUACAAAGGUAGAAUAUAGAAAAAGGUACAAAAUAGGAAAUACAGGAGAUACAAGACUAGAAGGCAAACAAUAAGAUGGUAGUAUAAGUAAUUAUGAAUGGACUGAUUUCACCAAAGGGCAGAGUGACUGGA